AUGCAUGAAGGAAAGUGGUUGGUUAAAGAUGGAGUAAACCUGGAAGUGCAUUGUUGGGACAUGGGAUGUCUAAGGAUGCAAAGAGGUAUGGGUACCUCUGCAUUAAAUCAAUGUCACCUUCUAUCUUCUUCAUCUCCUGCUUCUCUAGACAAAAGGGACAAGGCAAUUCAAUGCCCUAAGGGGCCAUCCCAUGAGCCCAGGUUUGCUCCUCCCUUGCCUCCUGGGCCCCAUGUGGGCCUCAACCCUCAUUGCUUCACACUGUUCUCUGCACCGUCCCCAACCCUCUCUCUCUCUCUCUCCCAUGGUCCCUCACUCCCCCCACCCUCCAAAUUAAGACUCUCUUCUCUGUAUGGGACUCAUAAAGAACCUUAUAGGUAUAGGAUAAUCUCCUGUCCUUAUCCAUUACCCAACAACACGGACACCAAGGAACACAACUCUUCAAUUUAA